AUGAGCCCAUCUUGUGAGAAUUGGGGCGAAUGGAACGGCUGGGCAAGUUGGCAUGGGCAAACCUGGGACGCCAGUCCGGUCUCGCGAGACCAGCGAGAAAGUGGACAAUCUCCCUGGUCGCACCAUCCCGCGGAAAAUUACACUGACGAAGACACAUACCGACACGGCGAACUGCUCCAGACCCAUUCCGCAUCUUCGACAGUAUCAUACUAUGAUACGGCUGCAUGGAACAUGGUCCGUGCCACAAAUAUACCUCCAGAAGGUCCUGGACUCGAUGAAAGUCCACAGGUUGCAACCGACUCAAAUCUUCAACAUGACUGGCCGACCUCUGGAGCACCUCCAUGCUAUGUGCCGACGCCUAAUGGAGCUGGAGCCGAGAGACUGGUGCAAGAAGUGAACGGCCAGACAGGCCACUUCCUCAACACAAGUGGUUAUCAUCACUCCAGUGAUACGGGCUCCGAGUUCGCCGUGAAUGGCGACUCCCGCGGCUGGAGAACAGAGCCCACAUGUCCAGGGCCUCUCGCCGAAUUGAUGCCACGUCGACAGUCUCCCAGGUUCGCCGGAGAUGAGUAUACCGCACGAUGGGUCCGAGGGUACGGCACGGAUCGCGCAGGUUGGUGCGGGUUCUGCUCUUCGUGGCAUAAGCUCAAGGAUUCGGCAUACUGGUAUCAUAUGCACUACUCGGCGAAAGAUGAACUGACACAUGCUUCGCGCAGCACGGCAUUUCUUGCGCGACAGGCAAACCUUUUGAAGCCCCGCAAGCUCGCCGAAACGCUGAAGGUGCGGUCGGCUUUGAGGUACUUUGUGGAUGCUGCAGUCAGUGGGUCUAUGUCGGUCGGCUGGAUCGCUGGCAGACACCCUAUUACCGUCAUGCGUACAAAUGCCAGAUGA